CCUCUGGGGGCCUCGGAGCAAGAUGGCGGCGGCGGUGGGGUCCGAGAGGCGCGAGCGGCGGCCUCCGGGGCGAGUGUGAGGAGGGGUCCCGGGGUCCCGGGUAGCUCCGGGCCGGGGCCCCGCUGCGGAACGGACCAUGCUACGUUCUACCGGCUUCUUCCGCUCCAUCGACUGCCCUUACUGGGCGGGAGCUCCCGGGGGGCCUUGCCGGCGGCCCUACUGCCACUUCCGGCACCGCGGAGCUCGGGGCCCCGGCACUCCGGGCGGCAGCAGCGCGGCAUCCCCCGCAGCAGGGCUUGGCUAUGACCCGUACAACCCGGAGCUGCCUCAGCCUCCUGCACAGAGAGAGAAUGAUGGCAUGCUGGAGCUGGAGCUGGUCAACCAGGCCAUCGAGGCUGUGCGGGGAGAGGUGGAGCUGGAGAGGAGGCGCUACCAGGAGCUCCUGGGGACUGCACGGGGGCACGGUGCCGGCGCCUCCACCCUGGCGCCCUGCAGCCCUCCUGCAAGCCUGGAUGACGACGAUACCUUCUCCCUGACUCUCACCUAUACACCAGGUGGCCUCCUAAGCCCAGACUCGAGCUACCAGCCCACCCCACUGGCUGCCCCUGAUGAUCCAGGUCAUAAGUACUCACUGGUCCCUUCAGAGAGGGGCCAGGGCAGGGCUGGAGGGGGCACCAGUGCCCUGGAGUAUGUCCCCAAGGCUGUGGGGCAGCCACGCCACUCUGGCCGCCCUGUGUCUGGUGGCAAGUACGUGGUGGACAGCUCAAAGCCAUCAACAGAUCUGGAGUAUGACCCACUGUCCAACUACUCAGCCCGGCAUCUCGGCAGGGCCAGUGUCAGAGAUGAGAGGGCCACCAAGCGGCCAAGAGGCUCCCGGGGUGCUGAGCCCUAUACACCUGCCAUCAAGAAGCCCUGUGAUCCCUUCGGUGGCUGUGAGGCCAGAUUCUCAGACUCAGAAGACGAUGUGGCCGGACCGCCUGAGGCUGAGAGCAGCAGCCCCAUGGUACCUGGGAAACCUGCCUCCAAGGACGGCCCGAAGCCCAAGGAGGGCAGUCUUCGGGACACCAAGGAGAUGGCAGUGCAGUAUGACGUGGAAGACCUCGGGCAACCUCCCAGAGCAGCAGACACAGUGGCCUUGGCCAAGCUUGGCUCCCCAGCUAGGGCCUCUCAAGUUGCUGGGGUCCCCAAGGAUGGCAAAGCCAAGAAGAAGAAAAGUGGGAUACCAACCAGCCUCAGCCACAAAGACAAGUCCCGUAAAAGAGACAAGAAGAAAGACAAGGACCCAGGACGGCCCCGGGAGAAGGAAAAGGCGUAUACAGACAGGAAGAAGUCACAGACUGGUAGCCCCCGGGGCAAGGCCCAGGGCCCUGAAGGGACCAAGAAAAAGCCAUCCAACAUCACCAUGGUGGCCAGCUCAGGGAAAGAAAGACCGGGCUGCCCCUCCAGUGGAGGGCCCCAGCCCCAAGACUCUGGGCCUAGUCCCCACACACUCCUGGCCUGGAAAGGUGGGAGUGCCAGGAAGACACCACCAGGCAAGUUAGUAGACCGGAAGGCCCGCUCCCUGGAUGGGGGUGCCCCGCAGGGUGCCCCUAAGCUCAAGAAGCGGGCCCUGAGCCACGCUGAGUUGUUUGGGGAUGAAAGCGAGGAGGAGGAGGACUCAGGCCUAGGGCCCAGGGCACCCCGGGUCUGGCCUCCCACCCUGCCCACCCUCAGCUCAGAUUCAGACUCAGACUCUGACUCCAGCCUGGGCCUGAGUGAGACGCAGGUGCCCAAGCGUCUCAAGGCCGCGCCACCCACAUCCCCCGCACCGCCCUCCCCCUUGUCCUCCUCCUCCUCCUCCUCCUCGGGAACCAGCCAGUGUGCAGAGGGGGAUGUGGACUACUCAGCCCUGGAGAAGGAGGUCGACUUCGAUGCGGACCCCAUGGAAGAGUGCCUGCGGAUCUUCAAUGAGUCCACCAGUGUGAAGACGGAGGACAAGGGCCGGCUGGCCCGGCAGCCCCCCAAGGAGAAGGCUGUGGAGAAGACGCAUGCGGGCCUGACCACUUUGUUCCCGGGACAAAAGAGGAGGGUCUCACACCUCUGCAAGUCAGGCAAGGAGGCAGAGGCCCCAAAGAGGGCCCCUGUGGCUCCCCCAGCGCGGCCCCCGACCGCCCAAGAGGUCUGUUACCGGCGAGCACAGCAGGCUCAGAGAGACUCCACCAGCUGGCUACAGGCUGCCACCAGGCCAACUGACAAGCUCUCCUCUGUGCAUAUCUCGGCCCCCGGGGAAAAGAGGAGGAUUGCUCACGUACCCAACCCCCGCCUGGCCACCACCCCCACAGGUGCCAAGAGGGCGCUCCCUGCCAGCAGCAGCCAGGUGUCCCACGGUCCUGAACCUGGCAGCCAGCCACUGAAGACACGCACGUUGUCAGGGAUGGCAUCUAAGACCACCACCACUGUCAUACCCAAGCGCAUCGCCCACAGCCCGUCACUCCAGAGUCUAAAGAAGCCCAUUAUCCCAAAAGAAUUUGGUGGCAAGGUCCCCACUGUGGUCCGCCAGCGCUAUCUCAACCUGUUCAUCGAGGAGUGUCUCAAGUUCUGCUCGUCCAACCAGGAGGCCAUCGAGAAGGCCCUGAAUGAGGAAAAGGUGGCAUAUGAGCGCAGCCCCAGCAAGAACAUAUACCUGAAUGUGGCUGUCAACACCCUUAAGAAGCUGAGGGGCCUGGUCCCCAACACCGUGCCCAGCCUCAGCAAAGCCAGUGGCCGCAGGGUUGUGUCCCACGAGGUGGUGCUGGGGGGCAAAUUGGCAGCCAAAACCAGCUUCUCACUGAGCCGCCCCAGCAGCCCACGGGUGGAGGAGCUGAGAGGGAACGCCCUGUACAGCCGUCUCAGGGAGUACCUGCUCACUCAGGAGCAGCUCAAGGAGAAUGGCUACCCCUUCCCCCACCCAGAGCGCCCAGGGGGCGCCGUCAUCUUCACAGCUGAGGAGAAGAAGCCCAAGGACUCCUCCUGCAGAAUUUGCUGUCGCUGUGGCACAGAGUACCUUGUGUCCUCCUCAGGCCGCUGCGUGCGCAAUGAGGAGUGUUACUACCACUGGGGACGGCUGCGGCGGAACCGAGUGGCUGGGGGCUGGGAGACCCAGUAUAUGUGCUGCUCAGCUGCAGUCGGCUCUGUGGGCUGUCAGGUCGCCAAGCCCUUCCAGUCAGGAGCGCACUGGGCUCACCUGCCUCCACAGGCACCUGGCCCAGACCUAGCCAGGGCAGGGAAGUCCCCAUGUGUGGCCUGUGCCAGCCCUGCUGCUGACCUCCCUGUUCCCCAGCAACACGUGCAGGAUGGCCGGAAGGAGAACCUAGAAGGCUUUGUGCGCACCUUCCAGAAGGAGCUACCAGAAGAUUCCCACGCCGGCGUCUUCGCCCUUGACUGUGAGAUGUCCUACACUACAUAUGGCCUGGAGCUGACCCGAGUCACAGUCGUGGACACAGAUAUGCAGGUCGUGUACGACACCUUUGUCAAGCCUGACAAUGAAGUUGUCGACUACAACACCAGGUUCUCAGGGGUGACAGAGGCCGACCUUGUGGACACGAGUGUCACACUGCGGGACGUGCAGGCCGUCUUGCUGAGCAUGUUCAGUGCUGACACCAUCCUUAUCGGACACAGCCUGGAGAGUGACCUGCUGGCCCUCAAGGUUAUCCAUAGCACGGUGGUAGACACGUCAGUGCUGUUCCCACACCGCCUGGGUCUGCCCUACAAGCGCUCCCUGCGGAACCUCAUGGCCGACUACCUCAGACAGAUCAUCCAAGACAAUGUGGAUGGGCACAGCUCCAGUGAGGAUGCCAGCGCCUGCAUGCACCUUGUCAUCUGGAAGAUCCGAGAAGAUGCCAAGACCAAGCGAUGACCCUCCCACCUGCCACCACUAACCAUACCAACCCCUUCCUACAUCCCUGGCUGCCCUCAGCCCUGAUGCCCUCGGCCUCUUUUCAAACUGUGUAAUAAAACACAACAGCUGACUGUGCGCCUCCCGGGCUUGGGCUACAGGUCUGGAGUGGCCCUGAGCUGGGGCUGAGACCAACCCCCCUGAGCCCAGCCCCACACAAUCCUACAUGUCCCGCCCAGGCCUGUCCCCUGGAGCCUGCUGCUGCCCAGGGCAGAUUUGGCCUGCACCCUGUGCCCAGUCAGCCCACCCCUACCUUCCACUCCUUUGUAUAUAAUGCAGGCGACAGGACAAGCCCUCAUGGUUUGAGACGGGUUGUCUUUUUUUACUUUAUACUGUUAUUUGUAUUAAUUUUUAAUUUAAACCUGCUGACCUGCACAGCCCCUCAACAGAGGGGUCCAUCCCUGGUGCCGUUGGGAUCCAGGGGCUGAACCCUACAGUCAGCCCUGUGGGCCUGGAUGUCUGCCCUGCCUUGUAGGGUGGCUUCCAGAACUCAUCCCAACUCACCAGGACUCCCCAACCUCAGAGCCAAGCCAGCCCCAAGGCCUGGCCUUCCAGGCCUCUGGGCCAUCUUCCAUGGGGGCUGCUGCCUCUCUCCGUGGGUAGGAACCGAAUAAAUGUUUAUAUGAACUUUA